AUGGCAUGGAAUGGAAGCCACAAAGAGAUACUUGAGUCCUGGGGCCUGGAGACCCAGACGUAUACGGUCUUUCCUAUGGAGAACAUGACAAUAUUGCCCCAGGAUAGCUCCUUGGCACCAUCAGACACAGCUGUUGACUCUCCUCACCAAGCCUGGGCUGUUCUUGACAUCCUGUGCAUAAUCAUCUUUGGUAUAACAUUCAUCAUGGGCACAGUUGGCAAUGCACUUGUCAUCUGGGUGUCUGGCUUCCGUAUGCCUCGUACCGUCAACACCAUAUGGUUUGUCAACCUUGCUAUUGCUGAUUUUGCUUUCUGCCUCUCCUUACCCCUCAACAUGACCUUUGUGAUUCUGCAUAGACACUGGCCAUUUGGUCGGAUUCUCUGCAAACUCCAUGGUGCCAUAAAUAACCUCAAUCUCUUUGCCAGCGUCUUCCUGGUGUCACUCUUUUCUGUGGACCGUUGUGUCACUGUCCUUUGGCCUUUUUGGGCCAGGAAACACCGAAGGCCGUGCCUUGCAGCUUUGGGGGCUGUGGGAGCCUGGAUCAUGGCCUUUGCCUUCUGUGGUACCUCACUGAUGAUCAAGGACACAAUUACAUACAAAGGUGUCACCUACUGCUACAGCAACUAUGAUAUCUGGAAUGAAACCCAUGGGAACCAUGAGCUAUGGAAGAAGAUUGCCAUCCCUCGAUACCAUGCCCUUAUCAUCAUCCGUUCAGUAUGUGGCUUUGUGGGGCCAAUGGUUGUCAUUGGGGUCUGUCAUUGUCUAAUAAGUGCUAAGCUUUGGAAGAAUCAGCUUGCAACGCCUGGCCGGACCUUUCGGGUCCUCAUUGCUGUGAUUGUUGCUUUCUUCCUCUGCUGGCUGCCCUUUCAUGUACUCCAGUGGAUAGAAUUCAUUUCCUCUUUGAAGAACCAUCAGGCCCUCUAUGCCAUUGUCCAACGCCUGGGCUCAAUAGCCACCUCCCUUGCCUUCUUUAACAGCUGCCUCAACCCAAUCCUUUAUGUCUUCAUUGGGCGUGAUUUUCGUGAACAGUUGCUCCAUUCUCUACCAGCUGCCCUGGAAAGAGCCUUGGCUGAGGAGUCACAGGGCAAAGGACAUACCUGCUACAAGUCACAAGAAUUUCAGGUGUCCUUGGACCCUGUCUCAACCCCAUAG